AUCCAUAAGUAAUGAUUGUAGUUAUUGCUGAUGUAUUUGGAUUCUAUUUGCUCUAUGUUUUUAUGCAUUUUCAACCAGUUUCUGCAUUUGCUAUCAACAAAACAUUAAGUGUAGUAAUCCCUCAUUCAGGAUGUCAACGAACGCUGUCGAUAGUAUCUUUAAAAUUGCUCAAUUGUUGUGGCAAACAGUUAUUUUUAGUGUCAAUCGCUGGUUCAUAUUCUUCUUGAGUUAUAUGGAAAUAAACGCUGUUCAAGGAAAUGAAAAAUCUACAGGGAAUGUUUCUUCUGUAACUCUACCUCCACUACCUGGUCAGCAAACAUUCAUUACAGCAGAUCAAUAUUUUCUUCCUUUUGAGUUGGCUUGUCAAACAAAAUGUGCCAUGAUUGUCACCAUUGCAGUUGACUGUACACAAAGGCCGUUGUACCUCACAGGUAACAAUCACCAAACUAGAUGUGUAAGAUCUUUUGAAAAGGCACGGCUCCCAGAGGGUUAAACAAUCAUGUGGAACAAAUACAUAUAAUGACAUGCUUAACACUAUUUAUAAAGACAUCAUCCACUUCAAGCCACAUAUAAACCACGAGGCGUCAUGGAAAGUAGAUGUUGUUCAUAUGAGAUGGAACAAGACUUUGCACAUUAACGACAAGUGUAAACAUUUGUGAUUGUGCAAUCAAAAUAAAAUUGUUGCCUUCAACUCUCCUCGAUGACAAGUUAUUUGAAAGCCACGAUGUACAAAUAUAUACUAUCAGUAUCACAUCCUAAAUGUUGAUAGCAGCAGCAAAAAUAAAUUUGAGAAAAG